GAGGAUGAGAAGUUAGGUGCACUGUAUCCCACUCCUGCUAAAACCUUACACUUACUUUAUAGAGAAAGUUAAAAAAUGUUCUUCAAGUUUAGUUUAGUUUUGUAACAGGAGCUCGUUUUACGCUGAGAAAACUCUGUGACACGCGUCUUGUUUUCAUGUCUUGAAACUUUAAUAACAAAGGUGAUUAAAUUGGGAAGAUGUGCCGCUGGUUGUUACAAUGGACAUUUUGCCUUUUCCGACUCAUGACGACGAGUACCGCCUCGCCUGAGGACACACCGGUGGACCUCGGAGGCGAGUCCGGCUCCGGGAUGCUGCUGACAGAUGAGGUGAACGUUCUGCAGGAGCUUUCUCUUCAGGUGUCAAUCAGCAGCAACGCCUCCAUAACUGUGGAUGACAGCAAGUGUCCAGUUCUGCAGGUGGGACAGUACUCCACAUUGGCUCUUCCCCUACGACAGCUCUUCACUGAUGGGUUUGCAGAUGAGUUCAGUUUACUGGUGCAGCUGCGGAGUCCUCAGAGAGAAGAACGCAGUGUCUUCACCAUGCUCAGCCCAGACAGCCACAUUAUGCUGCAAAUACGGAUCAGUGCUCACGCUGUCAUCUUCAUAGGAACACAGCAACGACACUAUGAGUUCCCAGUCAGCGGUCUGUCUGAUGGAAAGUGGCACUAUGUGGCCGUCAGUGUGUCUGCCAAGCGGCUGGCGAUAUAUGUGGACUGCUCUCUGCUGGAAAGUGUGGACUGGGUGUACCACGGCAUGGGGAUCAGCACAGAUGGGCUGCUAAUGGCUGGAGGCAUCAUUGAGGGCUUUGAGACUCCAUUUGAAGGUCAUCUCAGACAGCUGACCUUCCUGAUGGACGACCCAGAAGCCGCCCAGCAACACUGCAGCCACCACCCACCCCGCUGCAGUGAGACGGCCCCCAAACCUCCUCGCUCCCCACGCACCGACAGACUGGAGAAUAUUCUGCUGUCCUCAAAUGACCUGGAGGACCUGCUGGGGGAUCCCGAGGAUGAGUCAUUUUUGAGCCGUGGCAGAACUAAUGUGUUCUUACACCGAGGGAGUUCUCGAGGGGAUGGGACAGUGCUUACAGGACCCAAUCGGAAAGGUUCAGUAGUUCGUGGGGAUGUUUUUGUGGUGGAUGAGGACACUGACUUGUUGGAUCCAAUCUUCCAAAAUGGCGGACAAGUGAACCCCCAGUGGAAGCCCCCCAGAAAUGGCGCCAAAGGAAAGCCUGAAAUGUCCUCUAAACAUUCGGAGGAGAAUAUUACCAUAGAGAAAAAGACAAAUUCAAGUGGGAGGACUUCAUCGCUGUUCCCUGGAAAACCGUCCGAUGACAUAAUUGACCUAGACACCAGAAACACACCGAAGAAGCCCUCAGUGGGGUUUCCUGCACUUCCCAGGAUCCCUUCAGAUCCUAGAACAUCCACAAAUUCCAGCAAACUAAGAGAGGAGAGAGAUGAUCAGGCCAGGACUGUCUCACCUAUACCUCAUGUCAUCACCUCUGACCCAUCUGCACAGGCAGUAGUUGAGGAGUGGGGACCCAACGCCACACAGAACACCACAGACUCGGAUCAUAGAGCCAAGAACAACCGUAGACAACCAGACAGGGAGCACCCCGGAACUGUGACCAUUGUAUCCAUCGAUGGUGACCUGGUCCGGAGCUCAGAUGGGAAAAUGUACCGGCUCCAGAGAGGACCACCAGGCCGAAUGGGUCCUCCAGGACAAGAAGGAUGUUCUGGUGAGCCUGGCCUGUCUGGGUUUAAAGGUGAUAAGGGUAAAACGGGCCCUGAAGGUCGUCCAGGAAAAAGGGGGGAGUCAGGACCUCCCGGACCGCCAGGUUUACCAACCCUCUACCUGUGGAGGAAUACUGCUGAGGAAUGGGCUGCCUUCCAGCAAACCAAUUUCUAUCAGUUACUUCGUGCUGGUUGGCCUAGUAAAGAGGGUCCAACAGGACCACCUGGAGAGAUGGGCAGGCCUGGGCUACAGGGGCCAGCUGGUGAACCUGGGGACCGUGGACGACCAGGGAUGCCAGGAGAGAUGGGGGAGCAGGGUCCCAGGGGUCCUCCAGGACGAGCCGGGGCCCCAGGGAGAGAUGGUGAGAAUGGAGAAGACGGUCAGCCUGGGUCACCUGGUGCUCCUGGAUCACAGGGCCCCUGGGGAUACAGGGGAGAACGAGGGUCUAAAGGGGAAAAGGGUGAUGAGGGUCUCAUCGGCCUCAAGGGUCCAAGAGGGGACAUUGGUGAACCUGGUGAGAAGGGCUCAACUGGUUUACCUGGCCCACCUGGUCUUGUCGGACUACCAGGGUCUCAAGGGGUCAGAGGUGGCCACGGGCUAGAGGGGCCCUGUGGUCCUGAUGGGGAGAGCGGACUGGAUGGCCCCCCAGGUCUGCCAGGGCCAACGGGAGCACCAGGUGUUACAGGAGGUGUUGGCGCUCAAGGAGUUAAUGGCUCGAGGGGGGACAUGGGACCUGCUGGAAGUGUUGGUCACAAAGGCCCACAGGGGCCUCCAGGUUUAGAGGGACAGAUUGGACCCCCUGGACUCAGAGGGCCUCAAGGACAUUUAGGACUGAUCGGUUUCCCCGGCCCUAAAGGACAUCCUGGGCCUGUGGGACCCAUGGGUGCCCGGGGGGAACCCGGCUUUGAGGGGCCCAUGGGCACUCCAGGGCUACAAGGUCCUGCAGGUUUUCCCGGGGUAACGGGUAACAGGGGACCAGAUGGGGACAAGGGGGAUGUGGGACCUAAAGGCAACAAGGGUAUUAAGGGGGCAGAAGGCAUUAAGGGUCCUCAGGGAGAGAGGGGCCCCACCGGCUUCCUAGGUUUCCCAGGGAACAAGGGCCAGCCUGGCCCCAAAGGCACUGAGGGCACAAAUGGAGAAACUGGUCCUCAGGGAAAACAGGGCAGUCGUGGGUUAAAGGGGAACAGGGGACCAGAUGGACGUAACGGCAAACCAGGACCCAGAGGGAACAAGGGUCGGACUGGACAGAGGGGCCACACUGGCCAGCCAGGCCCAUCGGGUUUGCUGGGGCCACCUGGACCAGAGGGAGCAGAAGGAAAGCCUGGUACACAGGGUCCCUCAGGUGCAGCUGGCAGCGACGGCAGUAAAGGACUGACGGGUUUUCAAGGGAUUGCUGGGGAGAGAGGAGCAGAUGGUCCACCAGGUUCUCUGGGGCCACCAGGGAAGACAGGACCUCCAGGCUUACCAGGACCCCCAGGAGAGAUGGGUUUCACAGGGAAACCAGGCAUGGAGGGACCUCAGGGCCCAUUAGGCAUGUAUGGUAUCCAGGGGAACGUGGGCAUGCGUGGGCCUCCAGGUUUCAUGGGAGAAAGGGGUGAGCCAGGUUUACGAGGUUUAUCUGGGCCUGUCGGGAAGCCAGGACCUGCCGGUCUGCCAGGUCCUCCUGGAGAGAAGGGACUCCGGGGACCUCAGGGCCGUCCUGGAGAUGAAGGACCCAAAGGGAUACAAGGCCCAGCAGGCCCUCCAGGUGUUCCAGGUGCCGAUGGGGAAAUUGGAAAACCCGGACCCAGGGGAAGUAUAGGGCCCCCAGGAUCUCAGGGGCCACAGGGGCCAGCAGGAAUCCCAGGCCCACAGGGUGCUGAUGGGUUAUUAGGAGCAGCAGGGGAAAGAGGACCUAAGGGCUUACCUGGUUCACCUGGUGAUGCUGGCCACACAGGACAAGAUGGACAACAGGGUCUCCCUGGCCAAACGGGAAUCGAAGGACCACCUGGACAGAAAGGAGACCAGGGGGACAUAGGGUCCUGCGGGAAACCUGGUCCUCCAGGGCUCCCAGGAGAUAGAGGACUUGAGGGCCCAAAAGGGCUACAGGGACCACCUGGACCAGCGGGUAAAGAGGGCGAUUUCGGGCAUCCUGGUGAAGCUGGAGAUCCUGGUCCCAAAGGGGAGAAGGGUGAGGUGGGACCUCUAGGUUUGUCUGGUCGAGAAGGCCCCUGGGGAGCCCUCGGAGAAAAUGGAGAAAGGGGUCCAAAGGGAGAGAAGGGCCACAUUGGACUAAUGGGUGAACCAGGGUUGAUGGGUGAAGUGGGACCUGUAGGUCUGGUGGGGAUAAAGGGAAUCUCGGGCCCUCGUGGACCUCUGGGGCCAAAUGGACCUCAAGGACAUAAGGGAGAUUCUGGGCUCUCAGGAAUUACUGGACCUCCCGGGUCAGGAGGCCCUCAGGGAAUAAGUGGAGCACAUGGCAUCAGAGGAGACACAGGGAGGCUGGGACCACCUGGUCCAGUAGGACAAGUUGGACCUCAGGGAGAUCAGGGAACUAAAGGGGAACCGGGGCCACAGGGACUGAAGGGAGAGCCAGGAGCUCCAGGCCCAUCAGGGGAACAGGGUGAGGAUGGUGUGCCAGGAAUCCAAGGUCCUCCAGCUCUCCCAGGGUUUGAGGGGCCUCCCGGAGAGAUGGGACCCCAGGGUCCCCCAGGGCCCACAGGCACUCCUGGAGUGCAAGGAAGAUCAGGACCUGAGGGGAAACAAGGCAUGAAAGGGGAGAAGGGAGACGAUGGCAAGAAUGGAGCACCAGGGAAGACGGGACAUGUUGGCAGGAGGGGGAAACGAGGGAAGGCUGGAGUCAGGGGGACCAGAGGAGACAGAGGACCAAAGGGCGAAAAGGGAGACAUAGGACUGGGAGGACUCCCUGGGUGGCCCGGUCUCAUCGGAAUCCCUGGGUUGCGUGGAGAGCUGGGGGAUCAAGGUGAAAAAGGAAAAGAAGGUGAGAAAGGAGACAUGGGACUGCCAGGACCACCUGGAGGUGAUGGCAUGAAGGGAAUUCGUGGUCCUGAUGGGUUGCCAGGUCCAGUGGGCCUAAAGGGAGAGCAGGGGAGUAUUGGUUUUCCAGGGUCGAGGGGUACACCAGGGAUGCCAGGACUGCCCGGUUUGUUUGGAUUAAAGGGUUUGAAAGGAUACCAAGGUUUGCCCGGUCUGCCUGGCAGGAGGGGCCUCCCGGGUCCACCUGGCGUUCCUGGACCUCAAGGAGAGUCGCUGAACAUGACUUUGACUCAGCUCAAGGACCUGAUGUACGUGUCCGAUAAGCCCAACUAUCCCCUGAUCCAGACUCUGCUGGAUUCUCUGCAGCAGGAGCUUCGGCUGCUGGUGGAUCCUCCCGAUGGCAGCAAGGAGUAUCCUGCCACCACCUGUCUGGAGCUCUGGCUCUGUCACCCUGAAUACAGCAGUGGAAUGUAUUACAUUGACCCCAACCAGGGCAGCCCAGCUGAUGCUCUGCUGGCCUACUGCAGCUUCUCUUCCACAUCAAAAAAAACCUGCCUCCAUCCUCGAGACUCUCAGCUGCCCAUAAAGGCUUGGAUGGAAGAAUUUUUGGAGGAAGAAUCCUUUGAGUGGCUCAGCAGGCUGGAGCAGGGGUUUCAGUUUUACUAUCCAGGUGCUAAUGUGGUCCAGAUGCGUUUUCUGAGGUUACACAGUAGCACUGCCGUCCAGAAGGUGACCUUCUCCUGCCAUCCAGGACACAGACUGGGCCAGACAGACAGAGACAUCAAGUUCCUCACUGACACAAGGAAGCAGAGUUACCUUGGGGAACUUAAAGACUGUGUGCCUGGAGAGGAGAUGGUUUCUGGACCUCGAGAGACUGUGUUCGAGUUUGAGGACCUCCAGCUGCUUCCUCUGAGAGACUUGGCACUAAUGGGAGGUGGAAACAUCACAUACCAGUUUGGCUUCACUGUCGGACCUGUGUGUUUCAGCUAGAGGUGCUUGAAAGCUGUGCCGUCCCAGAGGACUCAACGGUCCAGGAUACAAACCUUUGUUCAAAACAUGGACACUAAGAGGACACCUGGAACACAUCAUCCCAUUUCUGAGGACGUCACUUGCUUUUCCUGUUGUAUUUGGGGAUUUCAUCUCUCAAGUUGAGUGACUCCAUAUUAAUGAAUUUGAGAGGGCACAGGGGCCCCCAGCCUUUUCUUUCACGGAGAAGUCAAUUUUGUUUACAGAGACAUUUAUCUUGUAUUGAAUAAUUUAAAAAUGUAUGUUUUUUAUCCUUUUAUAGACAAUGUUUUUUUCUAUGUUUGAUUUUUGUUAUGUAUUCAGGGCCUCUGUUAUAGUCUGCCCAUUGUGUUUAUAAAAGUCAGACUGUCCCAGCUGACUUCUUAACAAUGUGUUCUGCAUGUGGACGCAGCUACUGUCGUCCAAUUGGCCGUAUGUGACCAGGCCAGUAAAUUCUCUCACUGUACAUCCACUACUUCAGUACUGCAAGUGAACUCAGAGGUGUCACUCUUCUCAAGGUGUUGAUCCAGUUUUAUUUCAAAGACCAACAUUUAUUUAAUUCCAAAUACAAUAAAAGGGACCAGUCAUGUUAUCUUAGAUACUUGAUGCUGUCUCUUGUCAACAGCAAGACCAAAUUUCCUCAUUUUGUUAAAAUACGAAACGGCAUUUACUGUUUUUAGUUUCAUGUUUUUUCACAUCUCAGGUAUAAUACUUCAUGGGCACUGAAGCUGUUGCUACAGUAUGUUGGUCAGCUUUGUAGUUUAGCUUUAAAAUAAGACUUAAAGGAGCUGUUUGUAAGUUUUGCCAUUACUACAAAGCCAACGUUAGCGUUUACUUACCAGUCUAGAAGAAACGUUGCAAGUUUCAAACUGUAUUCCUUUAUUCACCAAGAGUCUCCGGCAGUGGAAAGCAACUCUCUUUUUCUUUUCUUCAACUGACGUUAGCAUGCCAACCAGCUAGCCCCAGUCUGGCCAGACUGUCUCGUCACUUCCCGAUAGUGAGUCACUGUAGCGUCCAGCCUGCCUUGAAGAAGUAGCGUUGUUCGGAGGACGUAUUAUAACCUCUUAUCUUGUAAACACAACGUUGGCUGAAGCUCUUGGCAACACUGGUAGUAAACGGCUCUUAAUACAAAUAGCAACUUUAACGUGUUAAGACUAGAAAUGUUAAAGGAUAAAUCCAUGAGAAGACCAAAACCAACAAUAAACUGAUUCACCAUCAAGUCUGGUUUGUGUAGACAAAGUCUGAUAUAUCUUAUUCCUCUGUACCAUAGAGCUCCAUUUUUCUCCAGAAACUAUUAAAAAACACAGCAGUGACUUACACUGUUGCACUGAGUGACACGUUCCUUCAUAACAAUGAAGAUACACAACAGUUUAUUUUGACUCUUUGUCCCACAUACACUGUCCUGGUACUGGAAAUAGUCACCAAGUGUGUUUUAAUGUGCUGCUGAAAGCCAUCAUCAGCAAAGGCACUACUUAGUUCUGUUUGCUAAAACUACAGUGCGCAGUUGUUUAAGGACAUCACUGAGACCAUUAAAAAUGAAACCAUACAAUUUUAGCUGUUUUUAAAUAUUUAAAUUUUCAGGAGGAAGAAAUGGGCUUGGGAAACAGUGCUCCUGGCAGGGUAGGGAGGUCAGAAGGUAUUCAGAGAUGGAAAAGCACAUUGUUGGUUUUGGUCUUUUCAUGGGAUUUUUACAAUAGAAAAACAAUUCAACGCCAGCCUUAUCCUGUCAAGUGGUGAACUCCUGCACAUUGUUAAUAUUGAUAAAGUUUCAGUCAUUGGUCAUCAUUAGGCUUUAAACAACAUUGCAAUAAGCAUCAUCUUUGUACAAUAGCCACAGGCUGCAUCACCCAAUCACAAACAAGGUAAAAUGACAGGAACACCUGAGAUGAUUAGACACUCAACAAGAUCAAUGGGCACACCUCAUUGGAAGAAGAAAUCAAACCUGGAUUAAAAGGUAUUAAAAGUGUAGCUUUGCAACAGGUGUACAUUACAUAAUUUACUAUUUUAACAAUAGAAAUGUUAGAUUCAAGUGUGCUAAGGACAUUAUCUUUUUUUUGUUAGCCUCAUGUAAACCAAUACACCUAUAUCCUCACAGAACAAUACUGUAAUUUCUUUCACUGUACUGUAAAGAUUAUGCAUCAGUUCAGCAAGUGCAAAAGUAGUAGCCCAACCCUGCAGAGCUUCUUUGGCCCCUAGUGGAAAAACAAGUGCCUAUUACCACCCACUUAGCAUCGAGUAAUUGCUGUCGGUCUGAAUUUCUGCUUCAUUCAAUCUGAGAAGAGCUUGGGUCCAGAGAAAAGAAGCAAUUCUUGUAGCUUCUCAGCAGAAUCAGGAUUCGGUCCUGGAGCAAUGGUCAGCAGUGACUGAUGAGUAGUACAGUGUACAGUCUGCAGGGAGCGGAGGAUACAGUUGAGUAAGAUCUCAGGGAGUUUGUGGUGAGAGCGUAGUCCACUAGCCUGGCCAAAACAGCAGCUCUGAAGCUGGGAAAACAACAAAGCUUCAUUUUCUUGCUUUUACUAAAUUGCCUCCAAGGUUCCACAAGGUUGAGGCAUGCCACAGCUAUCAAACAGAAAUAUACUUAGCCUUCAUGUCAACUUAAUGUCAAUUAGAUUCAAGUUUGGCCACAGGUCUGCAGAUUCUGGCCAAGGGGUUAUUUUUUAAAUGUUUAUUAUUUGUAUUUAGAUUUGUCAUAUCAUCAAUCCACAUGAUUGCCUUAGCUGGCUGAGACUGAUCAUUGUAACUUUACUUGUUUUGUACAAAUUGUCAUUUUAAAAAAAAUAUGAAAUGACAUGCUGGACAUCUGUUGUUUGAUCCCUGCAUCAGCUCAUUCAAAGAAUUGUGUCAGCUGAAUAAAAAAAAAACAUA